UCAGCUUCAAGUGACUUCCGGGUGUUUUCCUCGACUGCUCGGUGGACGUCGGACGGAAAGUGAACGCAGCUGUUUUGACACUUUAAAGCUUUAAAUUUGUCAAAAUGAACCGUAUAUUUGGCAGCGGGAAGCCCAAAGCUCCUCCCCCGAACCUUACAGACUGCAUAGGAAACGUUGAUUCUCGGGCAGAGUCAAUUGACAAGAAGAUCAGCAGACUAGAUGCAGAACUUGCGAAAUACAAGGAUCAGAUGAAGAAGAUGAGAGAUGGGGCCUCAAAGAACGUGGUGAAGCAAAAAGCUAUGAGAGUUCUGAAGCAGAAGAGAAUGUAUGAGAACCAGAGGGACAACCUCAUGCAGCAGUCCUUCAACAUGGAGCAAGCAAACUACACGGUCCAGUCCCUUAAAGACACUAAAACUACGGUUGAUGCCAUGAAAGUCGGACUCAAAGACAUGAAGAAAGCAUACAAGAACGUGAAGAUUGAUAAGAUUGAGGACAUACAAGACCAGCUGGAAGACAUGAUGGAGGAUGCCAACGAAAUCCAGGAGGCAAUGGGCAGAAGCUACGGCACUCCUGAAAUCGAUGAUGACGACCUUGAAGCAGAGCUGGACGCAUUGGGAGAUGACCUCCUAUUGGAUGAUGACAGCUCCUACUUGGAUGAGGCUUCAACAGCUCCCUCCAUCCCAGAGGGUCUGCCUGGAGAGAAGUCCAACAGGGAUGGUGUCCUCGUGGAUGAGUUCGGCCUCCCUCAGAUCCCUGCUUCAUAAAGCAGACAGUUUUACAUUUCCUAA